UCUAAUAUCAACACUCCAAAGCUGUAGACAUCAAAUUUUUCUGAAAAUCUUCCCACCAUUGCUUUAUCAAUAAAGUGUGUAGUUCAGUACAUUCUACUUCCCAGCUCUUACUGUGUAAAAAGUCUUACUCUUUUUUAAACUUUUAACAGUGGUAUCAGAGCCACCGAGUGAAGAGUGAGAUAGAGAGUGGCAUAGCAGCAGUCCCGGUUUUUCUUUCUUGCAGCAGCAAAAGAGAAUGAUGUCUUCAGACAAUUUUGUGCAGCCAGCCAUUCCACGCUUUGAUGGUCACUAUGACCAUUGGAGCAUGCUCAUGGAGAAUUUUUUGAGGUCCAAAGAAUACUGGACGGUUGUUGUUUCUGGAGUAGCAGAACCAGCAGAAGGGGUUGUGCUGAUAGAUGCGCAGAAGACGGAGCUUGAAGGGCUGAAGUUGAAAGAUCUCAAGGCAAAGAAUUAUCUUUUCCAAGCUAUUGAUCGCCCAAUCUUGGAAACAAUUCUUUGCAAGGACUCCUCCGAGCAGAUUUGGGACUCCAUGAAGAAGAAGUAUUAAGGGAAUGCAAGGGCGAAACGUGUGCAGCUUCAAACUCUUCGUCGAGAGUUUGAGGUUCUUCAAAUGAAGCCGGGAGAGUCAGUUCCAGAGUAUUUUUCAAAGACGAUGGCAAUCGCAAACAAGAUGCAGGUUCAUGGUGAUAAGCUUGAGGAUGUCACCAUUGUUGAGAAGAUUCUUCGAUCCAUGACACCAAAAUUUAAUUUUGUUGUCUGUUCUAUUGAAGAAGCUAAUGAUGUUGCUGAACUUUCAAUUGAUGAAUUGCAAAGUUCUCUAUUGGUUCAUGAGCAAAAAACUAACCAACAGGAGAAAGAGGAACAAGCAUUGAAGGCCUCAUCUGAAAAUCACUCUACACCAAAUAGAGUUGAUAGAGGAGGAGGAGGAGGCAGAGGUCGCUGUAGAGGAGGCAGAGGCAACAAUGAUCGUGGAAACCAACACCACCACCAUCAGAAUCAAGAGAAUGAAUUUCAAGGAAGAGGAAGAGGACGUGGAGGACAUCACUCAACUUCUUAUCUACCAAAGUCAGCAGAUAAGUCCAAUGUUGUGUGCUACAAAUGUCAUAAGUAUGGUCAUUAUCAGUCAGAAUGUCGUACAAAUUUGAAUAAACAAAGUGGCGAAAGAACUAACUUUGCAGAAAAAGAGGAAGAGGUGUCUCUUUUGAUGGUCUGUCACGUGAAGGAAGAAACUCAACAAAACAUGUGGUAUUUAGAUACUGGCUACAGCAAUCACAUGUGUGGGGAUAAGAAGCUGUUCUCUGACUUGGACGAAUCUUUCCGCAGCACUGUUAAGUUCGGCGACAACUCCACAGUUUCUGUUAUGGGAAAAGGGAGUGUAAGUAUUCAGACAAAAGGCAAUUUCACUCACACUAUCUCUAAUGUUCUUUUUGUGCCAGUCUUAAAGAGCAACUUGCUUAGUGUGGGUCAGUUGCAAGAAAAGGGUUACAAGAUUUCUAUCAAAGAUGGAGUUUGUCAAAUACAAGAUGCGAAGAUGGGCUUAAUUGCUCAAGUUUACAUGACGUCGAAUCGUAUGUUCCCGCUUUAUCUCCGCAACACUACUCAAACAUGUUGCUCAGCAAAAGUGCAAGAUGAGGCAUAGCGAUGGCAUUUUCGCUAUGGUCACCUAAACUUUGGUGGUUUGAAGACUCUACAGCAGAAGAAUAUGGUGAUUGGUCUUCCUCAAAUUACAGCUCCUUCUGCAGUUUGUGAAGAAUGUGUUGUUAGCAACAAACACCGUAAUCAAUUCCCACAAGGGAAAUCAUGGAAGGCGAAGGCUGCACUAGAGCUCGUUCAUUCCGACAUUUGCGGGCCAAUAACUCCUUGCUCUAAUGGAGGUAAGAGAUAUGUACUUACUUUCAUCGACGAUUUUAGUCGCAAAAGCUGGGUUUAUUUUUUGCAAAGAGAAGUCCGAAGCCUUUCCAGCCUUUAAAAGCUAUAAACCACUGGUUGAGAAAGAAAUAGGCAGUUCCAUAAAAAUUCUUCGCACAAAUCGUGGUGGCGAAUAUAACUCACAUGAAUUUGCAAGUUUUUGUGAGACUCACGGAAUCAAGAGGCAACUUACUGUAGCUUACACGCCCCAGCAAAAUGGAGUUUGCAAGAGGAAAAAUCGCACUAUUAUGAAUAUGGUGCGAAGCCUUUUGUCAAGAAAUGGAGUUCCAAAAAGCUUUUGGCCUGAAGCAGUAAAUUGGAGUAUUCAUAUUUUGAACAGUAUUCAUAUGCUGUUCAGAAUAUGACACCAGAGGAAGCAUGGAACAGUCGAAGACCAGCGAUUGAUCACUUCAGAAUUUUCGGGUGUGUUGCAUAUGCCCAUAUUCCAGAUCAGAAGAGGAAGAAGCUGGAUGACAAGGGAGAAAAAUGUAUUUUUCUUGGUGUUUGUGAUCAGUCAAAAGCUUAUAAGCUCUACAAUCCUAACACUAAGAAAAUACUUAUCAGUCGAGACGUUGCUUUUGAUGAAGAUCAAAUCUGGGUAUGGAGCAAAAAUGUAGUUGGAAAGCCAAUUCCAACUAGUUUUGAUGGAGAUGAUGGUGAUGAAGCAAACCAGCCACAGCAAUGCCUUGCUCCAGCAACUAAUGCAUUUGAGAAUCCUCAAAAUGAAACUCCUGUAGCCUCUGAAGUCACUCCAACAGCACCAAAAGCAGCUGCUGAUUCACGUUCUCUUCGUGUUCAAAGGAGGCUAGCAUGGAUGUUAGAUUAUGAGGUAACCGGAAUUGAUCAAUCUGAAGACCCACUCACUUAUUUUGCUCUAUUUUCAGAUUGUGAUCCUAUAGUGUUUGAAAGUGCUGUCAAAGAAUCAAAAUGGCGGGAGGCUAUGGAUGCUAAAAUUGCAGCCAUCGAAAAGAAUGACACUUGGGAGUUAGCUGAUCCUCCAAAAGGGUACAAAACAAUUGGUGUGAAGUGGCUUUACAAGACAAAGCUAAAGGAGAAUGGUGAAGUCGACAAGUACAAGGCCCGCUUGGUGGCCAAGGGCUAUAAGCAAGAGUUCGGUGUUGAUUACAAAGAAAUCUUUGCUCCGGUUGCAAGGCAUGACACAAUCAGAUUGGUGAUUGCAUUGGUAGCUCAAAACUCAUGGCCUAUUUUCCACUUGGACGUGAAAUCGGCAUUCCUCCAUGGAGAUCUGAGAGAAGAGGUAUUCAUCGAUCAACCCCCUGGUUAUGUGAAACUUGGCAAUGAGCAUAAAGUGUACAAGUUAAAAAGGGCUCUAUAUGGUUUAAAACAAGCUCCAUGGGCUUGGUAUAAUCGUAUAGAAGCCUAUUUUUUGAAGGAAGGAUUUCUCAAAUGUCCUUAUAAACAUACACUUUUCAUAAAAAUUGAACAUGGGGGUAAAAUGCUUAUUGUCUGUUUAUAUGUGGAUGACUUGAUUCACACUGGAAAUGAUAGUGCCAUGUUUGAAAGUUUUAAGAAGUCCAUGAUAGUAGAAUUUGAGAUGUCUGAUCUUGGCAUGAUGCAUUAUUAUCUUGGCAUUGAAGUGUUGCAAUCUUCUACUAGAAUUUUUAUUUCUCAAAAGAAGUACGUAGGAGAACUCUUGGACAGGUUCCAGAUGAAGGAUUGUAAUCCUGUGAAUACACCAUCUGAGUUUGGCUUAAAGCUAAACAAAGAUAAUGGAGGAAAGAGGGUUGACAACACUCUUUACAAGCAGAUUGUGGGGAGUUUAAUGUACUUGACUGCAACAAGACCUGAUAUAAUGCAUGUUGUAAGUGUCAUAAGUAGGUACAUGGAGUGUCCUACAGAGAUUCAUCUCUUGGCUGCAAAAAGAAUUUUCCAGUACUUGCAAGGUACUAAGGAGUUUGGGCUAUUCUACAAGAAGGGAGAAAAAUCAGAUUUGCAUGGCUUCACAGAUAGUGAUUAUGCAGGAGAUUCAGAGGAUCAGAAAAGCACAUCUGGGUAUGUUUUCAUGUUGGGGACAGGAGCUGUUUCAUGGUCAUCGAAGAAGCAACCAAUCAUCACUUUAUCAACCACAGAAGCUGAGUUUGUUGCUGCCACUUCAUGUGCCUGUCAGGCUAUAUGGCUAAAGAAAAUUCUCAGAGAGCUGCAGUUCAAAGAGGAUGGGCCUACUCUCAUUUAUUGUGACAACUGUUCAACAAUAAAGCUCUCAAAGAAUCCUGUUCUACAUGGUCGAAGCAAGCAUAUAGAUGUGAAGUAUCAUUUCUCGAGGGACCUCACGAAGGAUGGAGUUAUUAGUCUAGUUUAUUGUAAAAGUGAAGACCAGAUUGCUGAUGUUCUCACAAAGCCUCUCAAGUUUCCUGUUUUUCAGAAGCUCAGGAAGCUACUUGGUGUUUGCAGCUCAAAGGACUUUAUCUGAGAGAUGGCACUUCAUAAUUUGACUCUUGUUAAACUGUUGUUGUGUCUGGAACAUCAAUUUAAGGGAGGGAUUGUUGAAUAAAUUAGUGGUAGCACGUUAGAAUGUGUUGAUUUGGGUUGUCCUAGUCUUUAGGAGUUCAGUAGUUUGUUUCUGUUUUGUUUACCCAGUCAGUAGGAGUUUGUUUUGCAGUUGUAGCUGAUCCUAUUUUCAUGCUUUAGUAGUUGAUAUUUUCUUGCUUCUAUCCGUUUGUUUACUAGCCUACAUAAAGGCUGUUUGGUUUAUCAAUAUAGUGUAUAGUUCAGUACAUUCUACUUCCCAGCUCUUACUGUGUAAAAAGUAUUACUCUUUUUAAA